CUAUAUGUACUCACCGGAAGUGAAAGUACAGCUGAGGGAAUGACAGGCCUUGCAAAAAUACUGCAAUGUAGACAAUGUUCACAUAGAAUUCUGAAUUUAAAACCCUUAUGCCAAAGCAGUGUACCAAAAUACAAUCUAUGUAGACAGUAUUUACAUAAUUUCAAACCCGGUCAUGCUCCUGAGAAAGCUGUACUUGGAAGCUUGUGUCAUGAAAAUACUUUUCUGAAGCGCUCUUGGAAUAAUGCUGUUGUUGAGGCGAGAGUUUUAUCUACAAAGCCUGCAGCUAAAAAGGAAGAUGAGAGAACUCCUGAUGUCACCAAUAAAGAAAUUCGACGAUACCUUCUUAGUUUUAUCUGGCCUAAAGAUGAUUGGUUCAUCAAACGGCGCAUCAUAUUAACAACCUCGCUACUUCUUGGCUCUAAGGCCAUCAAUAUUUGUGUGCCAUUUAUAUUUAAAUAUGCAGUAGAUUACCUUGGAGAUAAAGAAAACUUCCUGGACUUGACCAGUGCCCCAACUGCUGUCUUAACAGUAGCUACAGGAUCCAUGUUAAUCUAUGGCAUUGCCAGGAUUUUGUCCACAUUCUUCAGUGAGAUGAGGAAUUAUGUAUUCAGUGAAGUAGCCCAGAGUUCCAUGAGGAAAGUUGCCACAAAUAUUCUGAGGAACAUGCUGUACAUGGACCACAAGUUCCACUCCUCCAAAGACACCUCAGAUGUGUGUGAGGCCAUCAGCAGGGGCACAGAAGGAAUGAACACAAUGUUAAGGAUGUUAGUUGUGAAUAUCAUUCCUUCAGUACUGGAAGUUUUGCUUGUUUCUAGCAUUUUGGGUUAUAGGUUUGGUUUGACCUAUGCAGCUAUAACCUGUGGAACUAUCAUUACCUAUGUAGUGUUUACUCUCCAAUACACAGAAAAAAGGAGUAAAAUAAGGCGUAGUAUGAAUAUGGCUAAAAAUGCAACAAGAAGUAAAGCCACAGAGUGCCUUCUGAACUAUGAACUUGUAAAGCUUUUCAACAACGAAGAUUAUGAAGCUAAGGUGUAUGACAAACUGACUGGGAAGUAUAUGGAUUUAAGACAGCUAACAAUGAAGACUCUGGCCUUGUUAAACAGUGGACAGAAUCUAAUAUUCUCCAUCGGCCUCACAGGUGUCAUGGCACUGACUGCUCAAGGAAUUACACAAGGUACUGCCACCAUUGGGGAUCUGGUGAUGGUCAAUGGACUCCUAAUUCAACUCUCCACCCAGCUAAACUUUGUUGGAUCCACCUACAGAGAACUGUCAGAGUCAAACAUUGACAUGAAGGAGAUGUUCAAGCUCAUGAAAAUGGAGACCAGUAUCAAGAGUCUUCCAAAUGCCCCACCACUGUUUGUUUCCCCUGACUCUGCCUCUAUCGAGUUUGACAAUGUUCGCUUCGCUCACUCGGAAGAGAGGCAGAUUCUUGAUGGACUGUCUUUCUCUGUUGAACCAGGGAAGAAGGUGGCCAUUGUUGGAGGCAGCGGAUCAGGGAAGUCCACCAUUGUUAAGAUGCUGUUUAGGUUUUUUGACCCUGAUGAAGGUAGAAUCCUCAUUAAUGGACAGAACAUCAGGGACCUUGACCUACAUAGUGUUAGGCAAGUUAUUGGAGUUGUACCACAGGACUGUAGCAUGUUAUUUAACGAGACCUUGAUGUAUAACUUACAAUAUGGAGACCACAACAAAUCUCAGGAACAAGUUAUGGAGGCAGCCACCAUGGCACAAAUUCCUCCCAAACUUCUCUACAAUAUGGAGAUGAAGUUAGGGGAAAGAGGAAACAAACUUUCAGGAGGAGAGCAACAACGAGUUGCCAUAGCCCGGAUGUUAGUUAAGGACCCCAUGAUUAUAGUUUAUGAUGAAGCAACAUCAUCUCUAGAUACUAUUACAGAACAGAUGAUUCUGUCGACUCUGAAGCGGGUGACAGAGGGUAGAACCACCCUAGUGAUAGCACACAGACUCUCUACCAUUGUGGAUGCUGAUGAAAUUUUAGUGAUACGUAAUGGCAAGGUUGCAGAGAAGGGCAGCCAUUAUGAACUCUUAGCUAAUCCUGAUAGUCUGUAUGGACACUUAUGGACUAAGCAAAGUCACAUAGCACAAGGGCACGUACCAGUUUUAGAUGACGUACAUUAAUUUAUGUGUUGUUUUAGUUUUAAUUAGAUAAAAAUGAAGGAAUUUGUGAGGAUGUCAAACAAUUUGUACUUGUUCAAACUGAUGUAACAUGCUUUUUAUUUUGCUUGUCAUCACACAAUGAGUAAACACAAGAUGCACUUUGCUGUGUAUUUAUGUAAUAUUCAUUUUUUAAGAAGCAUUAGAUAAUUUAAGAUAAUUUAAGAUCCACCAAUAAAAUCAACACCUCUUUUCUCACUGGCAUUUUAUUACAGGGUCUGCCAAAUGUGUCAUUUUAAUUAAUGUGUCUGAUUUGCUCGGACAUGAACAAUGAAAUUAUAUAGAGGCAAACUAUAUUGGAUGAAAUUAUUUAUAGAGAUGUGAAAGUUUUUAUUUAUUGUAUUGUCUAAUGGCUAUUGCUUUUAUCUAAUGAAUACCACAAGCUGUACAUGUACAUUUAUGUUGAACAUAAAUUAAAAAUGCUUAUAAAAAUUAAUGUAUGCUUCUCCCACUUUUGUUCUUAAAUUUCUGUUCGUUUUUAUCAGAAAAAGGGUUUGAUAGGAGAAAAGAAAUAUUUAGAAUUUGCUGUAUUUAUUUGUUAAGCCAACUUCUGAAAUAUGCAUGAAUGAACACAAGCUGUCCAUCUAGUGGGAAGAUUAUGGGUUUAUUUGUUUUUUUCAAUGUCUUGUGAAAUGAUGGAUUGAAACUCUCAUGCACUUUUAUGAUGUACUCCAUCAAGCAAUCAAGAACCUUUUGGAAUUGAUAAAUUUCUUUUUUUAGGAGUUUAUUCCUUUCCCCACCACACUCCCUUUUCUAUUCAUUAUUUAGGGUUCCUUAUUCCAGGAAAAUUGUUUGUGUUUGAUGUUAAAAAAAAUGGAGAUAUAUAUUUAUAUAGGUUAGAAAUGAUCAUUCUACUGGUGUUUCAAACUGUGUGAUUCAGUUUGUUUACAAUAAAUCAUUACAUUAAAAGGCA